AUGUGGGUCUCCUUCAGUCUCUGUGGGUCUCCUUCAGUCUCUGUGGGUCUCCUUCAGUCUCUGUGGGUCUCCUUCAGUCUCUGUAGGUCUCCUUCAGUCUCUGUGGGUCUCCUUCAGUCUCUGUGGGUCUCCUUCAGUCUCUGUAGGUCUCCUUCAGUCUCUGUGGGUCUCCUUCAGUCUCUGUGGGUCUCGUCAGUCUCAGUCUCAGUGGUCUCAGUCAGUCUCUGUGGGUCUCCUUCAGUCUCUGUGGGUCUCCUUCAGUCUCUGUGGGUCUCCUUCAGUCUCUGUGGGUCUCCUUCAGUCCAUGUGGGUCUCCGUCAGUCUCUGUGGGUCUCCUUCAGUCUCUGUGGGUCUCCUUCAGUCUCUGUGGGUCUCCUUCAGUCUCUGUGGGUCUCCUUCAGUCCAUGUGGGUCUCCGUCAGUCUCUGUGGGUCUCCUUCAGUCUCUGUGGGUCUCGUCAGUCUCUGUGGGUCUCCUUCAGUCUCUGUGGGAGUGCCUGCUGCUGUCAGUGCUGCCCCUGUAUCUGGCCAAAGAGCUGAAGGCCGAGGUCAUCAGCCGCUUGUCCAAACCUCGGAGCAGGACCAGCGCAGACGAGACCAACAACUCCAUGUUCCACAGUCUGUACAUCCGGCAGCACAGGGACGUCAGCAUCCUGUACGCAGACAUCGUGGGCUUCACCAAACUGGCCAGUUCCUGUUCACCUGAAGAGCUGGUGGCUGUGCUCAACAAACUGUUCGGACGCUUCGACGAAAUUGCUAAGAAAAAUGGCUGCCUGCGCAUAAAGAUCCUUGGAGACUGUUACUACUGUGUUUCCGGUUUACCCGACCCCAUCGAGACUCACGCCAAGAACUGUGUCCAGAUGGGACUCAAUAUGGUCACGGCCAUCGGAAAGCUGCGCGAGGCCACAGGAGUGGACAUAAACAUGCGUGUGGGUGUGCACACGGGGAACGUUCUGUCCGGAGUCAUCGGUCUGCAGAAGUGGCAGUACGACGUCUGGUCACAUGACGUCACUCUGGCCAAUCACAUGGAGUCAGGAGGCCUCCCCGGCCGGGUUCACAUCACGGAGCAGACGCGGAUGCACCUGGGCGGGGUUUAUGAGGUGGAGCCUGGAGACGGAGCCAGCCGAGACCCUCUGCUCCAGGGCAGACAGACCUACCUGGUCAUCGACCCCCAGAAACCCAACAGCGCCCCCAGCAAGAACCGACUGGGCGUGCACUUGAGCGCAGAAGGCCAGCGGCAGAGAGCCUCCGUGCGGAUGUCUCAGUACCUCCAGAACUGGAACACCAUCCACCCCUUUGCCGACCUCAGCCAGCCCAGCACCAAGCCCUCCAAGAGGCAUCUGCUGAGGAGACACAUGGGCCUGACACACAACCACUCACAGGAAAGAGGAUCCUAUCAGAACAACGCCUCUGGACCGGCGAUGGUUGAGGACAGAGGGUGUGCUUCUCUGGAUCCAAUGGACACAGCAGGGGCGAUGGUUGAGGACAGAGGGUGUGCUUCUCUGGAUCCAAUGGACACAGCAGGGUGGAGGAAAAAGAAGCUGAAUUGUUUGACUCUGCUGUUCAACGACUUGACUCUGGAGAGAAAGUUCCGUCUGUCUGAAGUUCCGGGGCUGCACCGCUCCAUGUCCGUCCUCGCGCUCAUCUUCAUCACCGUGUUCACCGUACAAAUGCUCGUCUCCGAAAACCCUGAUCGUGUGUGGUUCCUGUUGGUGCAGAGAUGGAGGUCGAAGCUGCCCCUCAGUGUGCAGUGGGUCUAUGGAUGUCCUGGUGGAGCUUCAGCCCGAGCCGCUCUGCGUCUCUUCGUGGUCAUUCUGUGUGUGCUGCUGACCUGCACCAUGGGAAUCCUCAACUACUUCUUUCAACCAGGAGACAACUGCACGUCCAUCACCAACAGCACAGAGCUGCAGAGACUCAGGCUCUACACUGGACCAUAUUACCUGUACUGCUGCCUGCUGGCUCUGCUGGGGGCCGUGUAUUACCUGUACUGCGGCCUGCUGGCUCUGCUGGGGGCCUAUUACCUGUACUGCUGCCUGCUGGCUCUGCUGGGGGCCGUGUAUUACCUGUACUGCUGCCUGCUGGCUCUGCUGGGGGCCGUGGGGUGCAGUGACUUUGUGACUUUGUGUUGGCAGUAUUACCUGUACUGCUGCCUGCUGGCUCUGCUGGGGGGCCGUGGUGCAUAUUACCUGUACUGCUGCCUGCUGGCUCUGCUGGGGGCCGUGUAUUACCUGUACUGCUGCCUGCUGGCUCUGCUGGGGGCCGUGGUGUUCGUGAAGACCUGUCUCUCGGUGAAGGUGCUGCUGCUGACGGCGGCUGUGGUCGUGUAUCUGCCUCUGUUCCUCUACGUCUAUGAACCAAGGUCCUCCUGCCUGGAAGAGCUGCUCUACAACCACACACACAAACCCGGAGUACUCAAAGACCCUCAGAUCCUGUCCGGAGUCUGGCUUGUCAUAUUCUAUGUGGUGGGACUCAUCUUGGCUCGACAGGACGAGCUGAGCUGCCGUGUGGACUUCCUCCUGGAUCACUGCUUCUGUUUGGAGCGAGAGGAAAUGGAGACGAUGGAGAACGUCAACAAACUGCUGCUGGAGAACGUCCUGCCGCAGCAUGUGGCCUCCUUCUUCAUGGGCAAGAACGUCCGCAACCAGGACCUCUACAGUCAGUCGUAUGAGUGUGUCUGUGUGAUGUUUGCGUCGGUGCCACAGUUCAAAGAGUUUUACAGCGAGAGCAGCGUCAACAAAGACGGACUCGAGUGUGAGAGUGAGACCAGGCUCUUCUUCUUCUCCUUCUUCUUCUUCUUCUUUGUCUUCAUCUUCUUCUUUGUCUUCAUCUUCUUCAUCUUCUUCGUCUUCUUCGUCUUCUUCUUCUUCUUUGUCUUCUUCUUCUUCGUUUUCUUCUUCUUCUUCUUCUUCUUCUUCUUCUUCUUCUUCGUCUUCUUUGUCUUCAUCAUCUUCUUCGUCUUCUUCGUCUUCUUCGUCUUUAUCUUCUUCUUCGUCUUCAUCUUCUUCGUCUUCAUCAUCUUCGUCUUCAUCUUCUUCGUCUUCAUCAUCUUCUUCGUCUUCAUCUUCUUCGUCUUCAUCUUCUUCGUCUUCAUCAUCUUCUUCGUCUUCAUCAUCUUCUUCGUCUUCAUCUUCUUCGUCUUCAUCUUCUUCGUCUUCAUCAUCUUAUUCGUCUUCAUCUUCUUCUUCGUCUUCAUCAUCUUAUUCGUCGUCUUCUUAUUCGUCUUCAUCUUCUUCGUCUUCAUCAUCUUCUUCGUCGUCUUCUUCUUCUUCUUCUUCGUCUUCAUCAUCUUCUUCGUCUUCAUCAUCUUCUUCGUCUUCAUCAUCUUCUUCGUCUUCAUCUUCUUCGUCUUCAUCUUCUUCGUCUUCAUCAUCUUCUUCGUCUUCAUCAUCUUAUUCGUCGUCUUCUUAUUCGUCUUCAUCUUCUUCGUCUUCAUCAUCUUCUUCGUCGUCUUCUUCUUCUUCUUCUUCGUCUUCAUCAUCUUCUUCGUCUUCAUCAUCUUCUUCGUCUUCAUCUUCUUCGUCUUCAUCAUCUUCUUCGUCUUCAUCUUCUUCGUCUUCAUCUUCUUCGUCUUCAUCAUCUUCUUCGUCUUCAUCAUCUUAUUCGUCGUCUUCUUAUUCGUCUUCAUCUUCUUCGUCUUCAUCAUCUUCUUCGUCGUCUUCUUCUUCGUCUUCAUCUUCUUCGUCUUCAUCAUCUUCUUCGUCUUCAUCAUCUUCUUCGUCUUCAUCUUCUUCGUCUUCAUCUUCUUCGUCUUCAUCUUCUUCGUCUUCAUCAUCUUCUUCGUCUUCAUCUUCUUCGUCUUCUUCGUCUUCGUCUUCAUCUUCUUCGUCUUCAUCAUCUUCCUUCUGUCCAAACCAAAGUUCUGCUCCGUGGAGAAGAUCAAGACGAUCGGCAGCACCUACAUGGCAGCAGCAGGACUCACUCCCCCAGGAGAGGAGAGGAAGGACAACAGUGAGCUGUCGUACGGUCACGUCAGGUCCAUGGUGGAGUUUGCCUUCGCUCUCAUGGGGAAACUGGAGAUCAUCAACACACACUCUUUCCAGAGCUUCAAACUGCGCAUCGGUCUGAACCAUGGUCCUGUCAUCGCUGGUGUGAUCGGAGCUCACAAACCUCAGUACGACAUCUGGGGGAACACCGUGAACGUAGCGAGCCGCAUGGACAGCACCGGAGUCCUGGACCGUAUACAGGUGACGGAGGAGACGCAGCAGAUGGUGGAGAGCAUGGGCUACAGCUGCACUUUACGAGGAGUCGUCAACGUGAAGGGAAAAGGACAACUGAUCACUUACUUCAUCAACACUGACCACAUCUGA